GGGCGAGGCGGCGGCAGCAUGGCGGACGAUAAGGACUCGCUGCCCAAGCUGAAGGACCUGGCUCUGCUGAAGGGGCAGCUGGAGAGCCUGCAGCGGCGCGUGGAGGACGAGGUGCACGCCGGCGUGGGGCAGGGCGGCUCGCUGCUGGCCUCCCCCUUCCUGAAGGGCUUCCUGGCCGGGUACCUGGUGGCCAAGCUGCGCUUCUCGGCCGUGCUGGGCUUCGCCGUGGGGACGUGCACCGGCAUCUACGCCGCGCAGAACUACGCCGUGCCCGACGUGGAGAAGACGGUGCGGGACUACCUGAGCGCGCUGCGGAAAGGAGGGGAGUAGCGGGGCUGCCCGGUGCGAGCAGCGGCUCCUGGGACGCUCACGCGCUGUCCGUGCCCGGUGUGUUUGGGCCUCCCCUCCGCUCCCUCGGACCCUGCGGCUCCGUGCCCCCCGAGCCCACAUCGUGCCAGAGCGCGCGGUGCGUCCCGGGGAGGCAGGUCCUGCUGCUCUCCUUCAGGAGGAGCAAAGCUGUUCCCUUCUGCUGCAUGGGGAGCGUAGCAGGUAACGGCCUGCUGUAGUCAGGCUCAUUAAAUUCAUGGCGUUUGGUCUCUUUUGAGUGUCCCGAGGUGGGAGUCUGUAUGGCCUCCCCCCGCUGCGGCAGCUCUCGCCCUCUGUGCUGCCGCCUGCAGAUGGCUGUGUGUGGGAGCCCUGAGCAGCGUGGGCUUUGGGGGCUGAUGCUGCUCUCCUCUGUGGCCAUAUACGGCUCCCACGCUCCGCUCCUCACCCUGUGCAAGGUGGAUGGCACGAUCCCCUUCAGCUCCUCGUCCGUGGUGGUUCUCAUCGAGCUGACAAAGCUGGUGCUCUCCCUGCUCUUCCUGCUCACCUGGGACCGGCAGCUGCUCGGGGCCAUGGUGUCCUGGCACCACGUCGCUCCCUUCGCCCUUUCGGCCCUGCUCUACGCUGCAAACAACAACCUCGUGGUUCACAUGCAGCUCUUCAUGGAUCCCAGCACCUACCAGAUCCUGAGUAACCUGAAGAUCGUCAGCACCGCGCUCUUCUACAGCCUCUUCCUGCGCCAAAGGCUCCGUGUGCGCCAGUGGCUGGCGCUCUGCCUGCUGAUGGCUGCCGGGGUGAGCUACAGCUGUGGGGGUUUGCGGGACCCACGGGGCUCUGGCAGCCCCUCUGCCAUGCAGCUGCACAUCACGCUGGUGGGCCUGUUGCUGAUCUCAGUGUACUGCCUGAUAUCAGGCUUGUCUGCCGUCUACACAGAAGCUAUCCUGAAAACCCAGGCGCUGCCCCUUAACCUUCAGAACAUCUUCCUUUAUUUCUUUGGGGUCCUGGUCAAUUUGGUCGGCCACUUCUGGAGCAGCACAGAGAGAGGUUUCCUGGAGGGCUUUUCCUUCUGGGUGCUGGUGAUUGUGGUCAGCCAGGCCUUGAAUGGCUUGAUUAUGUCCGUGGUCAUGAAGCACAGCAGUAACAUCACCAGGCUCUUCGUGAUCUCCUGCUCCAUCCUGGUCAACGCUCUGCUGUCUGUCGCCCUCUUCAACCUGCAGCUCACCCUCCUCUUCUUCAUUGCUGUCUCAUGCAUUGGCCUCGCUGUUCACUUGUACUAUGGGGUGACGUAGCUGCGGCCUCCUUGCCCUGCGUGCAGCAGGGCGGUCCUUAGCUGUAGCUCAGGGGUGUUCUUUGCCUGUGCUGGGCCUGGCGUGGGGCACAGUGGUGACUCCCUGCCCUUUUGUUUACAGGAGGAGGCAGGGUAGCCCAGUGUGAGUCUGCUGGCCUAAAGCAAAUGCACUUUGGGAGGGCUUUGUUCAGUGUACCCUUGCCCAGGAAAAGGGGAGAGUGCCCUGCCUGUGCCGGGCCCCAUGCUGAGGGACACCUUUAUCCAGCAGGCCCAGGCUCUAGAGUGGAUCCUGAGCCCCUUCUCACACGGUACGUCACACUUCUGCUGUUUCCCCCAUCUUCUGCAUACCAAAGCACACAGCUGUCCCCUGUGCCAGUAAAAGCUGCUGCAGGGUUAGCUCUGGUGUGCUGCUCAUGAGCAUGCAGCCAGCCCUGCUGCCAGAGCAGUGUGCUGCUGUCAGGAGAGCCCUGCACCACGGCUGGGGGUUUCUCACUCCCUUCCUCUGCAGUAUUCCACCCCAAUCCUCAGCCCAGCCUUUGACUGGAGGUCUGGUGUCCAGAUUGACUCCAAAUUGGGCUCCAUUUGCCUGUCCUGGGCACAGCAUUGCUGUCUACCUCUGUGGACAGGGAUUAUAAGGGGAGUCUUAUGUGCUUUCCAAAGAGGAAACAGCACCUGAAUUUGUACAAGCGCUCUGUGGCUAGUGAAUUCCCGGUGGGUAGGAGUCACUGCUGGCUCUGGUAUGGGUAUUAAAGCUGUGGUUUAACGAUG